CUAUCUGUCUCCCCCCCUCUCUCUCUCUCUCUCCAUAUAACCUACAUAUACAUACAUACAUAAAUACAUAAACUCACAAGCCCCCACGCCCAAAAAACAAAAACACAAAAAAAAAAAAAAAAAAAAAAAAAAAAAACAUACAACAGAAGGGAUUCGCUGGUGGUCACCCACCCAACUACUAACCUCCCGGCGUGUGGCUUAAGUACGGCUGAGCGGACGGGAAGCCCUGUUUUCCACACCCUGUGGUCGUAUGUACCAUCCUCCUCUCCAAGGGGAUUUAUAUAGUAUGUAUGAUGUGUUUUGGCUGGAUUGGAUUGGGGUGUUUUAUCUUGUUUGGUUUAGGGACGAUGUAAGCUGUGGUUUGUGGAUUGUAGAUUUUGGUUGUGAUGCAUGGGAGGGGUGGGGUUUUGUGUGUUAUGUAGA